GCCCUUGUGGCCUCCACCAUGGCCGUGCCUCAUCACUCCAACAUGAAGGCUCUGAGCCAGGCCAGAAUCGACGUAUUCUGCGACGUCUGCCAGGUUCUCAUCCAAGACUUGGACAACUUCAUCACCGACGACACCACUGAGGAAGACAUCCUUGGAUUCUUGGAAAACAUCUGCGUUCCCCUUGGCAUCAUUGGUUUGGAGGACAUUUGCCGUAACUUCAUCGAAGAGUAUGGACCUCAAAUCAUUGACCAACUGGUCAACGAGAACCUCUCUCCCAGUCUCCUUUGCGGACCCCAGGGCUUGGGAAUUUGCGAUGCCUAAACCGAUCUUCACUUCCGUGGUGUAGAUCUUGCCGAGAUGCCGAAUGAUGUGAUACUACUUACCGAUAAGGAGAUUUUUACAGAGCUCGCCAUCUUCUCGUGAUCAUUCAGAACACCGAAUAAAAAGUCACAAUAACAGAGCGA